UUAAAGGAAUUCAAGUUAUCAGGGGAGCUGCGGAUUUUCUUGAUAAAAAGCACUAUUACGUUGACAUUCUCGGCCGACUUCCAUGAAUCGGUUUUAUUCCAGUGUUUAUGAUCUGUAUGUGGUCAAAAUAAAUAAAUAAGCCUCCCCAAUAUGGCGUCGACGUUGCUGUAUCGCAGCAAGGGGCGGAAGCGGGUUGAAAGCAUACACGUGAGAUGUCCGCGGUGUGGACCUUGAAGGCCCUGGGUCUCGGGGCCGUGGGCCUGACUCUGAGUGUGGAGGUGUUGGGCUGGUUCUUCAGGAGAUUCGGGUCUAAAGGAUUCCUGAAAGAAGUCAUAUUCUUCCCCACCGAAUUCGCAUGUGUGGAGCAUGUGUUCGAACCAACUUUGCAGUGUCUCUGUCCGUUACCACAUGGCUUAGAGACGUCUUUGGCCCGCCUUCUCCGCCACGUCCUCUCGGCCAAAUCCACCCUGGACAUCUGUGUGUUUGCCUUCUCCAACAUGGACCUCAGCAGAGCGGUCCUGGCCCUCCACUCCAGGGGCCUGGUCAUCCGGAUCCUCAUAGACAAGGACUACGGCGGCAUCACUGGCUCCCAGAUCGGGCCGCUGCGCAGAGCAGGUAUCCGCGUGCGCUAUGACUCGGGCGCCGUGCACAUGCACCACAAGUUUGCGUUGGUGGACGGGCGGCGGCUGGUGACGGGCUCCCUCAACUGGACGCUGCAGGCGGUGCAGAAGAACAAGGAGAACGUCAUGGUGACGGAGGAGCCCCGCCUGGUCACGCCCUUCGUCCAGGAGUUCCAGCGCCUGUGGGACGCCAAUGACCCGGAGGGCUGCGGCCGAGCCGCCCCCCCGCCGCAGCAAGGCACCGAGCGGCAAGGCACCGAGCGGCAAGGCACCGAGCGGCAAGGCACCGAGCGGCAAGGCACCGAGCGGAAAGGCACCGAGCGGCAAGGCACCGAGCGGCAAGGCACCGAGCGGAAAGGCACCGAGCGGCAAGGCACCGAGCGGAAAGGCACUUGACCAAACGGAGGGGGUUGCGAGUUAAAUUCUCUGCCUGCUUUUAACAAUUAUUCAACCCGUGUCAAAUGGAAGAGAUAAUGGAGCUAAGGAACAUGUAGUUUGUAGUGGUACCUGUAAGGCUUAGCACAUUUGGCAGCAUCUUAUUUUAUGAGAGGAUGUAAACACAAGACCACAUCUCUGGCCAUUUCAAUGGUCAGUUUAAUGAUGACUGAAGCAGUAUUCAGAGUGGCAUCACCUGACACUAGUUGGUUUUGGUCAUGUCCAUUACGUUUGAUACAAGAUGUGGUUACUAUUGUGACUAUUGUGUGACUAGAUUUUUUCAGCUAGUAAUUUUGUGUUAUUUUUUACUUUAUUCUGCUCUGGCCUUAUACACUUAUAACAUGAAUCAUUCAUGACUCAUUCAUUGUCUGUAACUAACACACACA